AUAUCGAUGCUUCGGACUCAACACAUUAUUCCUACUGAACAACGGGGAAAGCAGAACAGUCCUUUCUCAACUGUUCCGAUCCCAAUUCGCUACAAUGGUUCAGGUCAGGACAGACGGUUCUUUCAAGGUUGCCCUGUUGCAAACGAGACCCAAGCCCCUCGAUGCCGAAUACAACUUCAACCACGCCGCUGAGCAGAUUCGCGAUGCUGCUGCCCAGGGUGCAUCGCUGGCUGUCUUGCCCGAGUACCACUUGACAGGCUGGGUACCAGAAGAGCCCUCUUUCGCAUUAACUGCAGAGAAGGCUAUCGAAUACCGUGAAAAAUACCAGAAAUUGGCUGCAGAGCUGCACAUCAACAUCUGCGCAGGGACUGUUGUCUUCGAGGCACCGAGUCAUAAUUCUGACCACAGGAGGCCAGCCCUCCUCAAUACCUCCGACUUCAUCGACCACAACGGUCGCCUUCUUGGUUCCUACACGAAAACGAAUCUCUGGAUCCCCGAGCGACAGACCCUUACUGCAUCUGUCGAAUACGCUCGUCGGGCUGGAGAGCAAGGCAGCACAAGUCACAACCCCCAUUGCGUUAUCGAUACACCCCUGGGUCUUGUUGGGAUUCUGGUCUGCUGGGACCUAGCAUUCCCCGAAGCAUUCCGGCAGCUUGUUUUAGCUGGUGCCAAAAUCAUCAUCAUGCCUUCGUACUGGGGCUCAUCUGAUAUGUCCAGCGAGGGUCUUGCAUACAACAAAGACUGCGAGAAGGUGUUCGUACAAAAUGCACUGGUCGCGCGGGCCUUUGAGAACACCGCUGCGAUCAUCUAUUGUAAUGCUGGGGGGCCUGCACAAGAAGGCUUCUUUGGCUGCAGUCAAGUUGUACUACCUAUAGUUGGAACGGUGCCUGGAAGUUUCUCUGACAGUGAGGAGGGGAUGCGCAUUGUGGAGGUGGAUAUGAGGACUGUUGAUAUUGCAGAGCGAAACUAUAAGAUCAGAGAGGAUUUGAGAAGGCAGGACUGGCACUAUGGUUAUUCCAAAGUCAAACUCUAGCUGUUUAUAGAAAGGUGCAUAACAUGU